CUCCUCCAUUCAUAUCCACUCCCCUUUCUGCGCACUGCUAUAACUCCGCCAAGAUUCCGCCAUUACUAUACACAGUAGCACCUGAAACGGAGCGCCUAUAGUGAUCUACUGGUAGCGUCCUUUCGCCCAGAGUAGAAAACACACGACCCGCGAAAGGCACCGCGAAGCUUCGUCCGACUGAUCCAGUGAGACUUCGAGUGGGUAAGAGAGAGGGAGAGAGAGAUCGGCGACGGCGGAGGGCCGGGGGCGAUGGCGACGACGAACGGGACGAACGCGACCUCGUGUCCGGCGGCGAUGAAGGCCACCUCGAACGGGGUGUUCCAAGGCGACAACCCACUGGACUUCGCCCUUCCGCUGGCGAUACUGCAGAUAUGCCUCGUCGUCUUGGUCACUCGCUUCCUGGCUUUCCUCCUCAGGCCGCUCAGGCAACCUCGCGUCAUUGCUGAGAUCGUGGGAGGGAUACUGCUCGGGCCCUCGGCGCUGGGUCGGAAUCACCACUAUCUGCAGAGGAUCUUCCCGGCGAGAAGCCUCACGGUGUUGGACACUCUGGCCAACCUGGGCCUCCUCUUCUUCCUCUUCCUCGUGGGCCUCGAGCUCGACCCGAGCUCGCUCCGCCGGACAGGCAAGAAAGCCCUGAGCAUUGCGGCUGCUGGGAUUAGCCUCCCCUUUGCAAUGGGAAUUGGCACGUCUUUCGUCCUCCGGGGGACGAUUUCCAAAUCGGUGGAUGGACCGCCCUUUCUUGUGUUCAUGGGCGUCGCGCUUUCCAUCACGGCGUUCCCGGUUCUGGCACGUAUCCUGGCUGAACUCAAGCUUCUGACCACCGACGUUGGCCGGAUGGCCAUGUCGGCAGCUGCCGUCAACGAUGUAGCUGCCUGGGUUCUACUUGCCCUGGCUAUUUCACUUUCAGGAACCGGCCGUUCUCCUCUUGUUUCUCUAUGGGUUUUCUUGUGCGGCAUCGCUUUCGUUGUCGGCUGCAUAUUCUUAGUCCCACCUAUUUUCAGGUGGAUGGCGAAGCGAUGCCCCGAGGGUGAGCCAGUCGACGAGAUGUAUGUAUGCGCUACCUUGGCAGGUGUUUUAGCCGCAGGUUUCGCGACUGAUGCUAUUGGCAUUCACGCCCUUUUCGGCGCUUUCGUCAUCGGAGUUCUUGUCCCGAAAGAGGGGCCAUUUGCUGUAGCCCUCGUCGAGAAAGUUGAGGACCUCAUUUCGGGCCUGUUCCUUCCGCUCUACUUCGUAUCGAGUGGUUUGAAGACGGACAUAGCGGCGAUCCGGGGCGCUCAGUCCUGGGGUCUCCUUGUUCUGGUUAUAUGCACGGCCUGUUUCGGGAAGAUCGUGGGCACAUUGGCUGCGACCCUUGCGUUCAAAGUCCCCUUUAAGGAGGCUCUAGCUCUGGGGUUCCUGAUGAACACUAAAGGAUUGGUGGAGCUCAUCGUCCUCAAUAUCGGAAAAGACAGGAAGGUGCUGAAUGAUCAAACGUUCGCCAUCAUGGUCCUGAUGGCCGUGUUCACGACCUUCAUCACGACGCCCCUAGUGGUGGCGGUAUACAAGCCUGCGCAGAUGAAAAGCAAAGGCACUUACAAGCACAGAAAGACUGAGAGGAAAAAUCCCGAGUCGCAGCUCCGUAUCUUGGCCUGCUUUCACAGCAUCAAGAAUAUCCCUACGUUCAUCAACCUCAUCGAGGCCUCGCGCGGCACAGAGAAGAGGGAAGGGCUCUGCGUCUAUGCCAUGCACCUCAUGGAGCUCUCCGAGAGGUCGUCUGCGAUUCUCAUGGUUCACAAGGCGCGGAAGAAUGGCCUUCCCUUCUGGAACAAGGGGCAGGACCCUGAUAACCAGAUCGUCGUGGCUUUUGAGGCUUUCCGGCAGCUCAGCCAUGUGUUGAUCCGGCCAAUGACUGCGAUUUCCCCGAUGUCCACCAUACAUGAGGAUAUCUGCGCCAGUGCCGAGAGGAAAAGGGCAGCCAUCAUAAUCCUGCCUUUCCACAAGCACCAGAGGCUCGAUGGGGUGAUGGAGACAACAAGGACCGAGUUUCGGUUCGUCAACAAGAAGGUUCUCGAGCACGCUCCAUGCUCGGUCGGGAUCUUAGUGGACCGCGGGCUUGGAGGAGGCUCCCACGUGCCCGCAAGCGAUGUUUCCUCGACCAUCACUGUCCUGUUCUUUGGGGGCCAAGAUGAUUGUGAAGCUCUGGCUUAUGGCAAGCGUAUGGCAGAGCAUCCUGGGAUUAGUCUAUCGGUGGUCUCGUUCGUCGUGAACCCUGAGAUUGCUGGGGAAAUUGUCGGAGUCGGCAUCAAUGACGAGGCUUCUUCCCACACUAAGUCAAUGUCAGGGGAUCAGUUGUUCCUCACUGAAUUCAAGAAUCCGGAUGCGGAUUCUAUUAAGUAUGAAGAGAGACAAGUAAAAACUCCAGGAGAAGCCAUUGACGUGAUCAAGGAAUUUAGCCGCUGCAAUCUGUUUUUGGUCGGUCGGAGGCCGGAGGGCCAGAUAGCUGCGGCGAUGGACACAAAGAGCGAGACCCCAGAGCUGGGGCCAGUCGGUAGCUUACUGUCUUCAUCGGAGUUCACCACGGCCUCGGUGUUGGUGGUUCAGCAAUAUGCAGGAGGGAUUUCUCUCGACUCGGAGUCAGUGGAGCAUGUCGGAUCGGGGCGGGGCGAAGAGUCGGAAGCCAAUUGAUUCGGUCAGGUUGUCCAUAAACUGGUGCUGAACGCGAUGUGGACGUGUAAUAAGAGGUGAUGAAAAAUUAGUAGCAAAGUUCGAACUGAUCGGUUUCAUUCUGUAUGUCUUCUGGUGAUCAAUUACCUUCAUAGUUGCUGAGGUGGAUAGCUGUAGUAUCGAAAUCCUUGCAUUCUGUGAGCUAUGAUUGCCUGCCAAAUUUGUGAAGUUUUCUUUUA